GUCGCGCCCGUGAAGCUCCGCGCUGCCACGUCUUCUCCCUGCUGGCAGUUUGGCUCCGUUUUCUGAUAAGGUCCCCCGGCCUUUAGCUGUGAGCUCAGCGGAGCGAGGAACUUGAUCUUGCUCGGCUUCUGCACCGCAAGCACAACAGCGAUGGGGUCGGAGACGUUCCUGGAGAUCCUGCUGGCCAUCCUGCUGCCGCCGCUCGGCGUCUUCCUCCGCUACGGCAUCGGGGUGGAGUUCUGGAUCUGCCUGCUGCUCACCAUCCUGGGCUACAUCCCCGGCAUCAUCUACGCCGUCUACGUCCUCGUCGCCUGAUGACGACGAUGAGCGGAUUCAGGCCGCCCGGCGGCGACCGGCACCGCCGCUCUGGUCCAUCCACCACCACAUACGGAGCCGCCUGUGGACUUUGUAUAGUAUUAGCUGCUGCUUCUCUUGUCCCCUGACCCAAUCCAUUUGGGAAAGUGGCAAAGCUUGAUGAAUGUACAAGCCACAUUUUAAGUCUCUGGUGGUCUUAUUUCAGACAUGGAUCUGUAUUUUGUAGUAGUGUACUCUGUACUGCUCCUGAAGUCCUGAUGAUGUAAAGACAUGCAGUGCAGCGUUUGCUUGCGUCAUGGAUGAAUCAAUCGAGCUAAAUGUUCA